GAUAUCCUUCGCCCUACUGCCCCUUCCGUGCCUCCUAUCGAUCACUACACUUCGUUCUUCCGUUUACGAUGGGCGUCAACGUCAAGAGCGAACACCAGCGCCAACAACUUCAGCGCCGGAAUAGUCGGUCGGCGCGGGCGCUGCAGCGCGACUCGUACGGCAGCAUCACCCUGCGUCGUCGCGAAGAGAAGGCGAAGGAGAAGGCGGAGAAGCGGCGGCGCUCGCAAAAGAAGUGGCGCGUGGUGGAGAUGUCCGAGAUCGACCACUACGACCCAUUGGUGCCGGUCAAAAUCAAGCUCGAGUCGGUGCCGGAAGGGCCUCCUAGUACAGAGUUUUGGCACCCGCGGAAGUGGAAGGAGUACCAGAUCCAGCUUGACCCGGAGGACCCAGCGGACCGGGCGGUGCUGGACGCCGUGCGGAGCGCGGAUAUCGAUAUUUUGUUGAGACACGCUGUCAUGAAGGUCGGGGAGCGGCUUGACCGAGUGUCGCGCCCCGAGGUGAUUGAGAACAGGAGGGCGUUGCGUGCGGAGAGGGAUCGGAAGCUUUCCGAAAAGUGGGAGGCGCGGAGGAGGGCGGAGCAAGCACAGAGGGCGGAGCAGGAGAGGCUGCGGAGGCUCGAGCAGGAGAAACGCGAAAGAGCACGAGCCGAGGCGGAGCUCACUUACAGGAACGAGGAGAAGCAGCUCGUGGACUACGAUACCUGGUGGGCGACGCCGUUGAAUGGCGCGCUCGGCUUCGACGACAUCCCGUGGCCGAUCUUUGGCGAACGCUUUCUGGAGCGUCUCACGAUGGAAAACGUCUGUGCAUUCAUCCUCCAUCCGGCACGAAUCGCGAUCACCAAAUCGGGAUCGUCUUUGCUCGAGAAGGAGCUUCUCUUAUGGCACCCUGACAGGUUCGUGUCGUCAGUGCUGAGCAGGGUGAGGGAAGGGGAGAGGGAGCAUGUGUUGUUUGUCAUGAAUCUGGUGUUCAAGGCUUUGACGACGCUCAAGGAAUCAACAUGA